AUGAAAAUUUAUGAUUCUCUCCAUAAAACCAUAAAUGAUCACCUACACAUUUUGAAUGAUAGAAAAGUAUUGGAUAGGGAAAAAAAAAUGAAUUCCUUAAAUAAUAUUUACGAUAUGAUAUCCAACUUUUUUAAUAGCAGCAAUAAUGAAGAAAAAGAAAAUUUUUGUACAUUUUUCCUUGAAAAUUUAUAUGAUCCAUUAAAUAUUUUGAUAAAUGACGAAUUCGAUGAAUGCAGAAUAUUUGUUCUAAAGAUUUAUUUCUUGAUUGAAAAGAAUUUAAAUAAUUUAUUACUAGAUAAUAUUUUAUUUAAAAAGUUAAAAAAUGAAGACAAUUUUGUAUUUAUAUGUACAAGUCGAUUGAAAGAAGAUGAAAACAAUAAAAUUAUUGAAGAAAAAGAAGAUAUACGAUUAAAAAUUGUUCAAUUUUUAUAUACUAUUCUUAGUAGACAUAAAAACAUGUAUCAACAAUCACCUACAAUUAUAUUAAAUAUUUUUAUAUAUCUUGAGCAUAUUUUAUCAGCUUUAUCAAUUCUCCUUAAAGAUCCAUAUCCAUUACUUAAAAAACAAACGUGCCAAUUAUUGUAUGAAUUGAAUAUACAAAAGGAAACAAAGGAGGAAUAUAACAAAAUUUAUAAAGACAUAUUAACAAAUUUGUUAGGCAGUCUCCACGUCAGAAAAAAUGAUACUCGCGAGGCUAUUAUCAAAUGCUUAAAAAUCAUUACAUGUUUAAAGACCAAUAGGAAUUCUCUCCAUAAUGUAAUAGAAUGUUUUAAAAAAUUGUGCAAAACAAACAUAAGUAAUAAUGUAAUUCUUGAAAUGAUUAACUGUAUCGAGAUGUGGAUUUUAAAUAUUAAAGAUUUAAAUAAUGUGGAAAAGGCCAAACUUAUAUUUAUAAUUUUCCUAUGUAUGAAUUUGAAGAUAGUUCCUUGUACUAUUAAAAGAUGUUAUGAUGUUAUCGAAAAUAUAUGUAAUGAUUUAUAUAAACAAAAUACAAAUAAUAGGGACCAUUUGAAAAAUAACGAACAUAUAUUAUAUACAUUUAAAAAUUGUGGAAAAAAUGAAAAGAAUAAUUAUGAAGAAGAAUAUAAUAAUCUAUUAAAUAUUGAAAAAAUGGAAGAUAUAUACGACAUUUUUUUUAAAAAUAUAAAUUAUAUUUUUACAUUUUCAUUGAAUAAAAUAUCAAACAGUGUUCAUAAUUUUUUUUGUGAAAUAAAAAAAGAAUUAUAUUAUGAAAUCAUAAGUUAUGAAAAAAGUUGUUUGUUUGAUAGUAAUGAAGAACUUUUUGGUAUUAUUACUUUAUUUUUAUUAUUGACACAUAAGAAUAGUUUUUAUUUUAUUAAACAUAUUCUAUCAUUCAUUUAUAAAUCUUAUAUAUCAUUCAAGUAUUUGAACUACCCCUCAACCCCAUUAUUAAUAGAUGAUUUAUUAUUUGUAUUACAUGAAAAUAUAAAAAAUCAACAUGAACAAAAUUAUUCUUAUCAAUAUGAAUCGUUUUUAUAUUUAAGUAAACAAGUCUAUGUAAUUUUAAUAUGUGGAUAUUUAAUGCCUAUCGAAUUAUGUAUUAUGGAAAUAGCUAAAAUGAUAUUUGAUGAAAAUGAUGUUGAAAGGAUACUCACAAAAUUUUAUCUAUUUAAUGAUAAAAACGAAAAUUAUAAAGAAUUCAGUUCAAAUAUAAUAGAGACAAAAAAUUAUUAUAUAGAAGAGAUGAAUGAAAAAUUUGUGCAAGAAAAAAAAAUCAAUAAUAAACAUAAUAACUAUAAUAAUAUUAAUAAUAAUAAUGAAUAUAUUUUUCUUAACAAAAACUUUCAAACAUAUCUACAAAAAUGUUAUAAUGAUCUAAGGAAACAAGCAAAUCAACCCUUUAUUAUAGAAAGACCUUGUAGUGAUAAAGAAAAAAAACACGAAUUUUAUUCAAACGAUUAUUUACUUUUACAUAAUAAAAAUAAUGAUAUAGGUAACAAUACAAAUAUUAUAAUAAAUAAAAUAGAUGAAAGAAAACUAAACUCUAUAUUUUUCCAAUAUAAUAAUGUUGAAGACAAAAAUAUAAAACAAACUGAUGAAAAAAAUAUAAAACAAACUGAUGAAAAAAAUAUAAAACAAACUGAUGAAAAAAAUAUAAAACUAAAUGAUGAAAAAAAUAUAAAACUAAAUGAUGAAAAAAAUAUAAAACUAAAUGAUGAAAAAAAUAUAAAACUAAAUGAUGAAAAAAAUAUAAUUUGUUACCCUUUAAAUGAAUAUGAUAAGAAUACAUCUAUUAUUUAUCAAAAUAAAAAAAUUCUUCUUAUAAUACUUUCUCAAAUAUUAGGUGGCUAUUACGUAAAAAAAUAUUCACAAAAUAAUAAAAAGGAACAUGUAUUCAAUGAAGAAUGUAUAAAUUUUGUUUUUUAUCUAAUACAUGAAAAUAUAAUAUAUGAAAACAAUGAUUCUUAUCCAUACAUAUUAAUCACAUUAAAACAUGUAAUACAUAUAAUUGAAAAGGAAUGUAAAAAAUAUACUAAUAUUUUAUUCCACUUUUUAAUAAUUUUACAAACAAAUCCUAAUUUUUGUUCUCAUUCUCAAAUUAAUAAUUUAAUGGAAGAAAUAGAAAAAUAUGGUGAAACAAAAAAGAUUUAUUUUUAUAAUUAUGAAUAUUAUUAUUUUAUAAAAAAUAUUAACAAUAUAAUUAAUCUAAAUGAUUUCGAUAAUUUUAAAUAUCAUAUUGAUAUAUUAAAUAUACUUUUAUGUAAUAUAAGUAAUGAUAUACUUAAUAAAUACUCAAAAGAACUAAUGAAUUUUUUUUAUUUAAUAAUUAAUAAAGAAUUAAAUUCAUUGAUUAAACUAGAAUUCUUAUUAUUUUUAAAUUUAUUUAUUUCAAGAAAAAAAAAUGUAUCUACUUUUUUUUUUAAAAACGGAAAGGAUAUAUUAAAAAAUAUAUUGUUACCAUUAUGUACUUGGAAAACUGGAUUAAGUGAAGCACAAACAAGAAAAAGCGUCUUAUUUUGUAUAAGAGAAUUAUUUAUUAAUAAUGUAUUACAUGUAGAUAUAUUUAAAAAUAAUAUAUUAAUACAAAAUUUAAUAUGUGUUCUUAAAUCUCAAAUAGAUGAUACAUGGAAUCAUGAAAAUAGAGAAAUAUCUAUAUAUAUAUGUUCAUAUAUUGUAAAAUAUGUAACAAAUAAUAACAUCAUAUUAGAUUUAUUAGAUUAUCUAAUAAAAUUAUUAGAUGAUUCAAAUAUUUCUAUACGUAUAUGUACGACAACAGGUAUACACUCCAUUUUUCAAAAUAAAAACUUGGUAUUAUCUAAAGAAAAGUGUGAACAUAUAUUUCCUCUUCUUUUCUUACAUAUGGAUGAUGAUUACGAAGAUGUUAGUAAAAAUAUUUUUUAUAUACUAAAGAUAGCAAAAGGGAUUGACAAGGACAUAUUCAUUAAGCAUGCCAAGAAUUCAUCAGAAUGUUCACACCACGCAAAGUCAUAUAAAAAUCUUUUGAUGAAUGAAGUUUGA